AUGGUGGAAGUCCCAGGUGUCAGUGGACAUGAAGUGUGUGAUGUUACCAUUACGAGGGAGAAAGUUCUUGGGAAUCUGAAAGGCCUAUAUCUUAUGGUCUAUGCAAACCCCUCUGAGCCCAUAUGCAAAUAUGGCCCAUUAGCUGGCUCCGCUAACAGUCAUGGGACUCAGCGGUGAGAAGGCCACCACUCAUAAAUAAUAUGCGUUGAGAGUCGAUAUGAUUUGUGGUUCGGCCAAACAGGAACAUUGUGAUAAUCUGAUUAAAGAAACCUCAAUUUGAGCUAAUGCUGUGUAAAUACUGCCCGUUACACAAUUGUCGGUCUGCAUGUAGGUCAUACACUGCAUAAAAUUUUAAAGUAUAUUUGCAAAUUUCAGCUUUAUGGAAUAAUUAGUAGGAAAAAGAAAAUAAAAGGGCCCAAUACAGUUAACCCACGAGCAUGUAAAGUUGGAGCUCACAUGAAGUUUUGCACUUUACUCACACGCUGGACACGCGCUCUGUGUGAAAGCACACACCAAUCCCUAAACGUUUAGUGAGACCAAGCUCAGACGUAUCCAUACGGAAUGAAGGUGUUUAUGCUAGAGCCGUACGUGACACAGGUUCUCAACUUUCCUUGUCUUAUAGAUCCUUUCACAACUGGUAUUUGACACAUUUAUAAUUGACGCUGCUCAGUGCCAAUGAGACUCAGGGCUGAAUGCUGAUGAGUACCUAUACAAUGGUUAAUUGUUGUUGAAAAUAAGUUUUUGGAAGCAGAUGCUGGAGUAACUGACACACUGUUUCGGGGCAAGACCUUUCAUUACCUGCUCCUUAGGUCUCCCUAUCCCACCCCUUACCAUUCUCAGAGUCAGCCACUUCCCUCUGCCUCUGGGUCACCCCUCUCACCUGUCUUUGGGUUGCUCCACACCGCUCUCCCCUGCCCCUUUGCUGGGUCAUUCAUUUAUCUCUGCACCGCAUCUCUGGGAUGCCUCCCUCAGCCCACCUCCACCCAUUCUCUGGGCGGUCCGCCCCCCCCCCCAUGUCCUUGAUGUCUCACACCGAUUUAUCCACCCUCUCCUUCACUCAGUUGCUCUCUUCUGCCCUCCCCUGUCUUAUUGAUCAACCCAUUCUCACUCAAUCAGGAUCUCCCUCUUCCCAUCCCACCCCUCCAUCUCUAGGUCACCCACUGCUUUCUAACCCCAACAACUUCUACCACUGUGUCACCCCAAGCCCCUUCUAAAUCCCCACUCACCCAUUCUCUGGGUCACCCCUUCCUCAUUUCCCUCAGUGCUGUCUCUUGGUCACCCACUUACCCGACCUUCCAUGUAUUACGCCUGACUCAUUCCUUCCCCAUCCCCUGAGCCUGUUUCCAAUUGUCCCUUCCCCCACCCCAAGACGGAGUGUAGGUGCUCGACGAAGCGGUCCCCCAAUCUGCGUCGGGUCUCGCCGAUAUAGAGGUUGCACCGGGAGCACCGGAUGCAAUAGAUGACCCCAACAGACUCACAAGUGAAGUGUUGCCUCGCCUGGAAGGACUGUUUGGGACCCUGAACAGUGGUAAGAGAUGAGGUGUAGGGACAGGUGUAGUACUUACGCUUGCAGGGACAAGUGCCAGGUGGAAGAUCAGUGGGAAGGGACGUGUGGACAAGGCAGUCGCAGAGGGAACAAUCCCUGCGAAAAGCAGAGGGGGUAGAGAGGGAAAGAUGUCCUUAGUGGUGGGGUCCUGUUGCCACAACAGACAGGAUCUCCCAGUUGCCACCCACUUCAACUCUCCUUCUCAUUCCCAUUCGGAUAUGUCCAUACAUGACCUCCUCUACUGCCAUGAUGAAGCCAAACUUUGGUCGGAGGAACAACAUCUCAUAUACCGUCUGGGUAGUCUCCAGCCCCUUGGUAUGAACAUCGAAUUCUCUCCCUUCUCCCUUCCCCCAUCCCACCUUCACUCUGUCUCCUCUUCUAGCUAACUAUCACCUCUCAUGACUCUGCCUUCUUCUACUACCCAUAGUGCUUUCUCCUUAGAUUCCCUCUUCACCUCUCCUGCCUAUCCCCUCCCUGCUUUCCUUCCCCCACCCCUUGAUCUUUCCUCUGAUUGGUUUUCCACCUUCCCCCCACCUUCUUUAUAAGACCCCUGCCCCCUCCUUCUUUAGUCCUGACGAAGUGUCUUGACCCGAAACGUUGACUGCUUCUUCCAAUGGAUGCUGCCCGACCUGCUGAGUUCAUCCAGCUUGUUUGUAAUCUUGAUUUGACCACAGAAUCUGCAGUGCACUUUGUGUUUACUGUUCACUUGUUCUAUGUGUGUGAAGAGAUUCACUCAAUUAAGCCACCUACAGGCACACCAGUCAAUUCACACUGGGGAGAGACCGUUCACCUGCUCAGACUGUGGGAAGGGAUUCUUUCGAUCCUCUGACCUGCUGGCACACCAGCGUGUUCACACUGGGGAGCGGCCGUUCAUCUGCUCACACUGUGGGAAGGGUUUCACUCGGUCCUCCACCCUUGUGGCGCACUACCGAGUUCACACUGAGGAGAAGCCAUUCAUCUGCUAGGACUGAGGAGGAUUGUCCGGCUGGAACAUCAGAUAGUUCAUACUGCGGAGUUGCCUUUCUCCUGCUCUGAAUGUGGCAAAGGGAUUCUGUCGGUCAUCCAAGCUUGUGAAACACUACCGAGUUCACACUGGGAAAAAGGUUUAAUAAGCUUCUUUCUGGAUGUUUAACCAUCACAGUUGCUGAAUCCAGAUGCAAGUUCAAAAGUGACUGUUGGUGUUGAACUCUGCAAUUAUUACUGCUGCUC